AUUUCCGCAUCAUUGCAUCAGCCAUGCCCCCCGCCGCCGCCGUCGCCGCAGCCGCCGCCGCCGCCGCGCCCGGCGCCGCACAGAUCCCCCUCGGCUCCUCUGUCCCGCCCCACACCCCGCACGCCAUCUCCGUAUCCCUGCCCUACUGGGACGACAACAUUGGAUACGAGGAGGGCGAUAAGCGCGUCGUGGACCGCAUGGAGACGGGGUAUCCCCGCUUCUUUAUUCAUCGGUCCAUCCAAAAGCUUGCAGCCCUCUGCCUCGCAAAAUUCGGCAACCCCGACGAUGAGCUCUGCAUGCUCUUCCCCUCGCCCAAGGUCGCGGCCGAGGCGCGCGACUUCCUCGCCUCGCGCACCCCGCCCGUCGCCUCGCGCGCCGUCGAGUUCGUCGUGUGUCCCGGCGCCAACGCCCUUCCGUCCGCAAAGGAGUCCGUGACUGCCAUCGACUGCCUCGAGCUCCAAAUCCUGCUGUUCGCUAAGGGCGACUGGCCCGCGGCCAAGCAGUUCUGGCAGCACACAGGCGACGGCAUCUCGUCGCGCAUGGCGGAGCGCGCGCUCGCCUUCCUCGGCGAGGCGCCCGGCACGCAGACGCCCCCGACGCCGACGGCCGCGCCGGCGCCCGUGCGCGGCGGGUAUUCGCGCAACCGGCACUACGCGCGCGUCACGAAAGGCGUCAACACCCCGCCCGCCGCGCCGACCGGCGUUGCGGGGCCAGACGACGAAGUCGCCGACCUCGGCACGUACCUCGAAGAGCGGUACGGGCGGAACCUCCCGCUCUUCAGCGCGCCGCUCGCGAAGCAGGCGCUCAAGCGGCGCAUUGCUGGCGGGCUGCUCCCGUCUGACGAGGAGUUCGGGCAGGCGGGCGCCGAAGUCGUGCGCGGCGUCACCCCCGACGACGUAUACCUGUAUCCCGGCGGCAUGAGUGCCAUCUGGCACGCGCACCGCGUGGCGCGCCUUGCGCGUCAGGCAAGCGGCACGCCUGAAGGCAAGUCGGUAUGCUUCGGCUUCCCAUACACGGACACGCUCAAAAUCCUGGAAAAGUGGGGGCGCGGAUGCCAUUUCCUAGGACACGGCGACACGAACGCCGUAAAAGAGCUCCAAGACCUGUUGGAGUCAAACGAGAAGGCCGGCGAAGCGCCGAUCCUUGCCCUCUUCUGCGAGUUCCCCUCCAACCCCCUCAUCCGCUCGCCGGACCUCGCGCGCCUCCGCGCCCUCGCGGACCGCUACGGCUUCCUCAUCGUCGUCGACGAGACCAUCGGCAACUUCCUCAACGUCGACGUCCUCCCGUAUGCGGACAUGGCGGCGUCGUCGCUGACCAAAAUCUUCAGCGGCGACAGCAACGUCAUGGGCGGCUCGCUCAUCUUGAACCCGCAAGGCGCGUCAUACGCGCCCCUGAAAGCCGCCCUCACCGCCGACUACGAGGACAACUACUACCCCGAAGACGCCGUGUACAUGGAGCGCAACAGCCGCGACUAUCGCGGCCGUAUCCGGCGCGUGAACGACAACGCGUUCGCAAUUACGGAGUAUCUGCACUCCGUGAGCCUCAUGGCGCCCGCAGCCGGCGAGGGCGAGGACGAGGGCGAGCGCAUCGUCAAGCGCAUCUACUACCCCCGAUACGAGACGCCGGAGCUGUACGCGGCGUGUGCGCGCUCGCCGCCGCACGGCGCGGGCGGGUACGGCGGCCUCUUCUCCCUCACUUUCGUGAGCACGGCCGCUGCCCGCGCGUUCUACGACACCCUGCCGUGCGCCAAGGGCCCUAGCCUCGGCACGAGCUUUACGCUCGCGUCGCCGUACGCCAUCCUCGCGCACUACACCGAGCUCGAGUGGGCGGCGCGGUUCGGCGUCGAGCGCGACCUCGUGCGCAUCAGCGUUGGGCAGGAGGACCCGGGGACGCUGCGCGCGUGGUUUGAGGCGUCGAUCCGCGCUGCGCAGGCGGCGCACGCGGAGGCGGGUGCGAACGCUCGUUAACUGAGUGAUGAGAGGGUAGAGAACGACGUCCGCGCGGGCUGUCCAACCAGCCGCCGGUUGUAGGCCAACCAGCGUUGUAGCAUAGGCAUUAGCGAUAGUCAUGGAUCUAGAAUGGCUAGUUGAAU